UUUCAAAGUUUGUGUUACUCAAUUCGUCUUUUAUAAUUAUUUUGAACCUUAUUUUAAAAUUAUAUUAAUUGUAUAUACUGUACACUGUGUUAAGUAUAUUAUUUUCAAUAUUUAUGAGUCAGUUAAAUAGCAUAGUUUAAGUGUACGAUAUAUCCAUAAUUUUUCCGCGCACUCGUGAUUUAAGAAACCAACUGGUGUUCAACAGUAGAAAUUAUAAGUUACUGUUCAUUUGCGGAAUCAACAUGUGGAAAAUAUCGAUCUUGUCUUUGUUAAUAUUGGCCAUUCCUAGCGAAGGGAAUAAAUCGCCAAAACAGAAAGUGUGCAUAGUCGGUGCAGGACCGGCUGGAUUAAUUGCGACAAAAUAUGUUGCUCAACAUCUUGAUGAAUUUGAACUUAUAACCUUUGACAAACAGUCAAAUGUGGGGGGAAUGUGGAUUUAUACUGAUAGUACAACCGUUGACGAGCAUGGCCUUCCUGUACAUAGUAGCUUAUACAAAUAUCUUAAAAUAAAUGGUCCAAAAGAAUUCCUCAGUUACCCUGAUUACACGAUGUUUACAGCAGGAAAUGGCAGUUUUGUAUAUCAUUCACUGGUUCUUGAAUAUCUUAAAAACUAUACCAACUAUUUCAAUCUCCGCAAGUAUAUUCAGUUUGACACUAAUGUCGAAAAAGUAAGCUUGAUACACGGCGAUAAAUGGCUCGUAAACAUACGAAAUUUGAAUACUAAUGAAAAGGACGAAAUACUUUGUGACAUUUUUAUUGCGGGGAGUGGGCAUCACGUCAAAGGAAACAUACCCAAAAUCCCAGGCAUCGAAAGUUUUCCAGGGCGCGUAUUGCACAGUCACCUUUUUCGCAAGCCUGAAGAGUUUGCUGGGCAGACAGUUGUAGUAUUAGGUGCCGGAUUAUCUGGUUUUGAUAUUAGUAUUCAAAUUAGUUGGAAUGCUUCGAUGGUUUAUCUCAGUUCUAGACACGACAAACUUCCAUCUAUACUGCCAGAAAACGUAGUACAAGUAGCUGGUAUUGCCAGCGCUAAUGGUAACGAACUUAUUUUAAAUGACGGCACAAGAAUCAAAGCUGACGCCUUGUUAUUUGCUACGGGCUAUUUGUAUGAUCUUCCAUACCUUGACGAAAACACUGGUAUUAUUGUCGAAGAUGGAAAAUAUGUCCGGUUUCUUUAUAAACAAUUCAUCAGUAUCGAGCAUCCGACCAUGGCUAUUUUAAAUAUACCGACUCCAAGUUACGGUUUUAUAAUGCCGCAUGCUCAGAUGCAGUACUUUCUUGCUGUAUUACGUGGCAAGUUAACGCUACCAAGUCGCGAGAAAAUGCUAGAAGAAGAAAAACUUCCACCUGGAAAACCCAAGAGCAAAGCUCAUUUCAUGAUUGAAGAAAUGUUUUCUUACUAUGACGGUCUCGCAUUAGCUGGCGGUGGUGAUCCUUUGCCUGAUUAUUUUGAGCCCGGGUUCUGGCUAUUUUACAACGAACUUCUCAGGGAUCCGACGCACUACAGAGAAAAGAAUCUUUAUAUUUACAAUAAUGGCAAAGUUGUUGAAUUUUGCUAAAUAUGUUACCUUUUAAUUUUUAUGAAUAUUCCCAUUUAUAUGUAAUCAAUAAUUUACUGCGGGAUUUGUAUUAUAUUUAUGCUGACAUAUUAUUUCAGAAAAUUAUAAUCCAAAGUGAGUUGUUUUGGUGAAUAAUUACUCAUGAAUUAAUAAUACAUUGAUUAUACAGUCAAGUGACGAUACGUUAAACGUUUAAAUAAGAAAAUGAGAAAUUUUAUGCAUGUCCAUUAUUUUCAAUUCAAAGGAAAGGAAUGAAAAGAUCACUUUGGCAAAUGUUACAUCUUGCAAGUAACAGUUACAAGCUCUCAAAUUCCUAGUUUGACGUUAAUGUGAGAAUAGUUUCCUCGCCAUUUUCUUGUAACGUCGGGGGAUCUCAACGUUAACUGAUUGUACAUUCGAAGACGAACACAUUUGAAAUUUACAUGUGGCGAACUUGAAAAAAAUUUUACUUGAUGAGAUAAAACGGUUCGUCGAAUGGUUGAACAAAUUAUUUUCUACUACAGCGCGACCUUGCACAAAUUAUCGGAGUCGAUCCUGAUUGGUAAUAUCUGCUGGCUUAAUUAUCCCGCCAUAAUAUUAAGAGAAUAUGUUACAUUUCAGAGCUAACAAGCUGUACUUUCAUCGAGGCAGCAAUGGUCACUUUGAUUAACUUUUGCAAUAUUGCUCUGUACUAUUAGCUGAAGUUUUCGUAUUUUUGCCUGUCCUUUAUUCCAUCGACAGCGUUGCAAAAAAACUUUUAAUUAAACAUUUAAAAGAAUAAUCACUGCUGAAAAUUAUCCGUUGGCCAAAGCAGACAGUACCUGUCUACAUUUAAUUUACAAUCAUAAAUUCAC